CAAUGAGGAGCGGCGCGCGCGCGGCUGCAGGCUGUUGCUGAAGCUGAAUGAAAGCGGCAGAAGCCAUUUUGCUCUCUGAAGCCAUCGUUCAACAGCAAAUUAAACAGGAAAAACGACCCACUUUGAUUCCUAUGGCGUGAGUCAGAGGCGAGUUUUGGAAGGAAUGUGGUUAAAAAGCGAGGAAAGGCGCAGCUUCACCUCCCGCCAGCGGAGCCGCCUUUAGCCGACACCUGCAACAUCCCCGAGCGUCGAAAAACAGGUGUCCCGUUUCAUCACCAGGACGCUCCGCCGGGGGACCGGCGCCGUCUGUUUGCUCUCUUCACAUAGUGGAGGUUAUCUCAGUCGGUCAGGUGUCCGGAAUCACGCCACGUUGGUUUUAAGGCACGGUAAGAUCUGGAAAUACAGUUUGAGCUGGAGGCAAGACUUAACCUGAACAGAGGGCUGAAGGGAAAAGGCACCUGGUCACACAGCUCACCUGUACCUGACUGUUCUUGGCAAGCUUCCGUUGUUUUGGUUUUAUGACGGGAAGUGUGUCUACCUCCAGAAGAUCAUUUGGAAGUGCUAUCCAGUAUGAAUACAGACAGCGGAGGGUACGCUCGCAAAACUGUGGCCUUGUCACUCAUGCUCUCCCCCAUGAAGAGAGUCCAGAGCUCACCCAAUCUAGCCACAGGGAGUGAUUCUCACUCUUCAGACUUGGAUUCCUGGCGAUCCCGCAGUGCAACAGAUGGCUUGAAAAAUGGAGACACCUGCAGCUCUUCUCUUGCUGCCAAAGGUUUCCGCAGUGUCAGACCUAACCUUCAGGAUAAAAAGUCACCCACACAGGAGGAUAAUCAUGUGCCUUCCCCACCCCCUAGAAGAGAAAGUUUCCACUUUCCACCAACUGGCACUAACCCACCACCCUACAGCUCACUUAUUAUCCCUGCUAAUGACUUGAGUCCAGGAAUGUUUACUCGGAGUGAAAAAGCUGUUUUGAAGGAGUCCCUCACUAUUAGCAGCACAUCUUACUCAUUGGCAGAGGAUAGCACAAAUCCCUUGAACACCACACCUACAUCAGCUGAACAGAAUUACCAGUCCGCUGCCUUCCAUAGUACUAGCAACUGUAGUGCCGCAAUCACCACUAACACAAAUGCUCAAGAUCGUAAAGUUUCUUCUCUUAAAAUAACCCCUGUUACCGUCCCUGAUCCACCCGCUCACCUCAACUCUCAUUUGGACCCCCAUCCAAAACCCCAAACCUCUGGAUCCCCUUUAAUCCCAUCCCCAUCUCCUAAAAACAACUUCACAUGCUGUCGUCCCCUAACACAGACAGCCUUCCUUUCUGUCCACUUGGUUCCUGAAAACCCAAAACAGCUAGAGCCUGAGUCAGUGAAAUCCACAGUGGAACUCAUGGUCCCAGAUCAACGCUGCAUUGUAACUUCAAGUCCAGCUCCCCCUCCUGUGGAGAUGAUGGAGACUCCUCUUGCUGUUCCACCAAGACCUUCUCCUGCAGAACUGUUGGGUCAAGUCCUGUCUCAUGCUAUGAAUGGAAGUAGUGGUCAUCCACAAAGGUCCCUUUCUCCUCCAUCCUAUCCUCCUCCUCCCACUUCACUCCACACUGGGCUCCACAGACAGAGUAGGAGUUCAGAAGGCAGCGAGUCGGUUACCAGAGAAUCUGUGGUGUCGGGCCUCACAAGCCUCAGCAGCACGGUGCCCAUUGCUUGCUUCUCUGAAGAAGAGAAAAGGGUUUCUGUCAUAAAAGCUCCUCAUUAUGAAGGCAUUGGCCCUGUGGACAAGUCUGGUAUCCCUAUUGCCAUCCGCACGGAAAAGCUCAGGAAGCAGCUGGCUACCAAAGCCACUCGGAAGAGUGCUCCGGCUACCGUCGGUGUGAAGAAGCCUCACCGUUACAGGGCCGGCACUGUGGCGCUGACAGAGAUCCGCCGCUACCAGAAAUCCACCGAGUUACUGAUCCGUAAGCUGCCCUUCCAGUGCCUGGUGAGAGAAAUCGCUCAGGAUUUCAAGACCGACGUCCGCUUUCAGAGCUCUGCUGUGAUGCCCUGCAGGAGGCCGGCUCGCACCGGCUCCCAUCCCAGCUGCUGGGCAACAACUCUGUUCAUUGUUGUUCCUUGUAUAUCCAAGAAACACCCAGAUGUUCAGGUGGUGACAGCCGACAUUAGCAGACUUGGAUUCCUGGCGAUCCCGCAGUGCAACAGAUGGCUUGAAAAAUGGAGACACCUGCAGCUCUUCUCUUGCUGCCAAGGUUUCCGCAGUGUCAGACCUAACCUUCAGGAUAAAAAGUCACCCACACAGGGGCCUUCCUCCCUUGACCCAACAGCACGGCAUUCACCCUAUCGCUGCCACAGUUCAGACUCACUUGACUACCCAUCAGACCUAAUGUCUAAGGCUUUAUCACCCACCCCAUAUGUCCCUAGUGUGGCUGGCAGCACAUCUGGUGCAGUCAGCAGCAGGCCAGGCUUUACCACAGUCAGCAGUGUGAGCAUCGGUGGCUGCAUGUCGCCCUCCGCUUCCCCCGUGACCGUGUCAGCGCUCAGCCACUACUCUUCGUCCACAACGGGUCUGCUGGAUGAGCUGCAGAUCUGUAGCCUGGACUCGCCUGAUGCCUCACCCACACCAUCGCCCACCCUCAGCCUUGUCUCUGCCUCCACGUCCACUGUUGGCAUCGAUGAUGCGCUAACAGCCUCUGUGGCCUUCACUGCUGCAGCAGCCACUGUUACUAACGGUCAAGUCCUGUCUCAUGCUAUGAAUGGAAGUAGUGGUCAUCCACAAAGGUCCCUUUCUCCUCCAUCCUAUCCUCCUCCUCCCACUUCACUCCACACUGGGCUCCACAGACAGAGUAGGAGUUCAGAAGGCAGCGAGUCGGUUACCAGAGAAUCUGUGGUGUCGGGCCUCACAAGCCUCAGCAGCACGGUGCCCAUUGCUUGCUUCUCUGAAGAAGAGAAAAGGGUUUCUGUCAUAAAAGCUCCUCAUUAUGAAGGCAUUGGCCCUGUGGACAAGUCUGGUAUCCCUAUUGCCAUCCGCACGACAGUCGAUAGGCCGAAAGAUUGGUACAAAACUAUGUUCAAACAGAUCCACAAGGUUCAUAAAGCAGAUGAUGACUAUGCUGACACAUACAAUGCGACAUACGCUGUCGUAAACAAUGAUGAAUGUAACCUGUCACCCAACGCAACCAUGUCUCACCCAGCACCACGCACACAUACGUAUCAGCCGCUUUCCAAGAGCCCGUCUGACAAUGGAAGCAAUCUAGGGCCUCGAGAGCCUUCGUCCUCACCUCUACCACCACCACCCCCACCCAUUCCCUCGCUUCUACAACUGAGAGCCAGAGACAGUGACCGUGAGAAAGAGUCACCAGACUUGAAUGAAUGGGGACCUCCAGACAGAAAAGUGGACACACGAAAGUACCGCGCUGAGCCCAAGAGUAUUUUUGAGUAUGAACCUGGAAAGUCCUCUAUUUUGGAACAUGAAAGACCAACCUGUGAUGACAUAGAUUUAGAGAACGAGCCUUGGUAUAAGUUCUUUUCCGAGCUGGAGUUUGGGCGGCCGCCUCCUAAAAAAAGGCUGGAUUAUAAUCCAGAUAUCUCCGCCCGCCAGCGUAUUGAGACGUCUCUGCAAAUCGCCCCGGCUGACAAGGCUGCAGGCAGACCUUCGAGUGCUGCCACUGAUCUGAGGAAACGAAGGAAAUCUGAACCAUCAAGUUCCCAAACAAAUUCUCAGUCUUAUAGUAGAGCUGCAACCUCCCCUAAACCAUUGGAUGCCUACAGACCCAGCAGCAGCCUCAAGAAACCUGUCAUUCGAUCCUCACCAUCUUCACCUUCCAAAGCCAAAGGUGGGGAUGCAUGCAACAUGUACUCAACCAGUUUGACCUCCCCGGGUCCUUGUCUGCACCCCUGUAAGCCCUCUGUUGCUUCUGAUCCUAUCAAUUGCCAUGAGGUUACCAGCCCGGAAGGCAGCUUUUCUUCUAAGCAUUCCGUCAGUUGUAAGAAUAGCUGGCAGACAAAAAGCCAGGACGCCGAAGCAUGGAGCAGUAUAGAGGAGGUGCCAACCCCCACAGGAAAACAGAAGUCCCGCAGCUGUGAUGACCUGCUGAACGAUGGUCUGCCUUGUCCAGAUGGGCAAAAUGCCACCCGUUCUGAAAGUGCUGGGUCACUGUUGUGUGAUGGGAAUCCUUUGCGUUCAGCUGCAGCCACAUCUACACAGUCCCUCCCUCCCCUCCACCGUAGAAGAGCACAUGAUUCCCCAGGCUUCCUCCAACUUUACCGUAAAAUGCAUCACAUAGACCGAGCUCAGUUAAUCUCAUCUGAAGUCAUCCGCUCAGUCCGUGCCCGCAUCUUGGAGCUAGAGCGUCAGCCUCACCUGUAUAAGCAUCAUCUGUCUCCUUGGGCACCCUCUUGGGGCAUAGAGGUGCCGCGGGAUAUGGUGCCAAAUCGCAUUUCUGAAUAUGAGCGCCUUAUUCAGAAGUCCAAAUCGAUGCCCAAUUUGGGUGACAAUGAGAUGCCUUCAGGCACUACCACCCCAGGUGGCUCAUCAACUCGAGCUAGCAGCGGUGGUGGUGGCACGCCCAGUUUUCCAAAACGGCGUUUUUCCAUAGAAUCAUUGUUGGAGGAAGACAGUAAUUGCAACAGCGGAACAACAUUCCACACCAUGGCUCACUUGUGUCGACCUCGUAGCCCUCCUGAGGGCCAGCCUCGUGUUGGUCCUGAACCAGGCCCUAGCCGGUCUUUCACUGCUCCUCCUGUCAUUCCCACAUCUCAGCAGCCCAACCCAGAGUACUCUGACAGUGAGCAAGAUGCUGUUGCGUCAGAUCUCAGUGACUUCAUCCAAGUGGAGGGGUCUUCUUUUUGCAGCGAGAGUGAUUUUGACCAUUGCUCACUAACCUCCACUGAGAGUUUGUGUGGCUCUUCCACUCUCCACCACCAUCACAUCCGUCAUCACCACCACCAUCACCACCACCCUGCUCACCAACGUGUUAGCCACAGCCAGGGCUAUCAACAUCGUCACCUCAUCAGCACGUGUAAAGGCCGUUGCCCAGCAUCCUAUACCCGUUUCACAACAAUGCUUCGCCAUGAGAGAGAGCAGGCACGGCAGGAGCAUCAAAAACCUUCACAGCAGAGCCACAACAGCCGUUCCCAAACCUCACAGUCACAGCAAGCCAUGUCCAAGCUGGCUUUUCUAGUCAGUCCAGUGCCUUUUCAUCGGAAAAAGGGCUCAUCACCUACCUCUCGAGGGAGCAGCGGCGGUCGCAGUAGCAGACCCAAGUCCAAACAGGCCAUUUAUGAAGCACUAGAUGCAGCCUUGAGAGAUAUUUAUGAGCACAUUCAAGCAGAGAGAGGCCACAGAGGAUCUCGAACACCCGAUGAUAGCAUCCUGCGGCGAAUAUUGGCCGAACUGCUGCCAGAUGUGCCUGAACGAAGCUCUUCACUGCGUGGGAGGAGAGGUUGCUGGCAUGGGGGUCACUCCUCUGCAUCUUUGUAUCCAGAUGGAAACCCCACUGGGUAUGAUUCGUGUAGAGGGGAUCCCCCCACACCACGGUUACAGUCACCACGGCUGCAGUCACCAAUCAGUGCCUGUUACGGACACCUUUCAGACACCUCAAACAUUGAUUAUGGCGUGGAGCAGGGCAAUGGAAACGGUCUCUGUUACUCAGUCACAGACCAGGAUGUGUGUCGGAGUUAUUCCACUUUGGAUGGACGGCACACGCCGCAGAGUAGAAGACAGACUCCUGACAGAGAGGUCUCCCAUAAACAGAUGACACAACUUAUUCUCUUCUCUCUCCUCCAUCAGAAACAGCCUGCGAGGGCCAUUUAUGAUUUUAAGGCACAAACAGCUAAGGAGCUGACAUUUAAAAAAGGUGAUGCAGUCAACAUCAUACGGCAGAUAGACAGCAACUGGUAUGAAGGAGAGCACCGAGGUCGAGUGGGGAUAUUUCCCAUAUCAUACGUGGAGAAGAUAAUAUCGUCUGAGAAGCAGCAGCCAGUCAGGCCGCCUCCCCCGGCACAUGUUCGAGAGAUCGGAGAGGCAGUGGCUCGCUACAACUUCAAUGCUGAUACGAAUGUGGAGCUGUCUCUUAGAAAGGGGGAGAGAGUAAUUGUGAUAAGGCAGGUGGAUGAGAACUGGUAUGAGGGGAAGAUCCCAGAGACAACAAAACAGGGCAUCUUCCCCGUUUCCUAUGUUGAUAUCAUCAAGCGCUCAUCAUCCAAAAGCUCCAUCCACCACAUAGAUCCACAUGUUUACUCUGGCAACAGGACAGUGCACUCUACACCCACCAAGACUUCCAACCAUCUACCUCCCACUUCUAUCACCCGUGACCUCCCUUUUCCACACCCCUCGUUGAAAACUCUUGACCUCCAGGCUGUCACCAAUGAGUGGCUGUCCCUCACUUUGGAUCCAUCGGCAUCCACUCCAGCCCGCUGCUUCUCUGACACCCCUGUCCCCCCCACACCUCCUCCUCUCCCGAGUGACCUCAUACCUUUCUUAAAGGCUCAGGAACCUCAGGCAUCCUCAUCUGUACCCUCACUCAGAGGUCUCACCCUGCCGCACCAGAAUAUUUCCAGAUCCACUCCGAUUAAAGAAGGCAAACUCUGUUUGAACCACACCACAGCUGUUCAGCGUUCAUCACUCUUGUCUCCACUGCCUGAUUCUUCAGUCCAGGUCACCAGUGGCAGAGGACUAACCCCAUCUGAAGCUGCUCGAAUGUCACAGCCUGCUGACAGAGAUGUAUUGUCCUGUUUGACGUUGGUGCCAAAAAUAUCACCCACAAAAAUUGCUCAGCAGGACAAGUUUCCCCCACAAAACAAAACCAACAAACCCGAUGAUGUAAAGGUGCAAAUAAAAGAUCCAUAUGACCAGCUACUGUCCAUGAUUCUCAAUGUUUCUGAGAGUACAGAGAAUGGUGAGAUUUUGAGAUCGUCUCCAGUGGAUUGUCCACCAUCCAGCAGGGUUAAACUGAAAGCAGAAGAGUCACAUUCUCCAGCAAUUAAAACUCCAGGUAGAGAUUCAGCCAGUAGACCUCCAAGCAGCAUUCGGUUGGAGGUGCAACUUCACAAGCCUGUGACAAUGGAACCAAUGUCUAUUUCAUGGGAAGGGCUGCCAAAGAUUCUGAAUAAACCAGCCAAUUUGCAAACGCCGGCAUCAGGCACAACGAACGGCCAUCCUGAAUUAUUCAUUGAGGAAGAGGAAGAUGCUAAAGAGGAUAAAGAUGAAGUUCUUAAUCAGAGACUCAGUCCACAGGCGGAUCCCUGUCAUCCUCCUCUGCCACAAUUGGCUCACCUCUGCCUUUCCACACCUCUAGCUUCCUCCUCUUUAUCUCACUCUGUUUCCCGCUCACAAAAGCAUGAUCGUGACUCCUUCCUUCCCUCUCCCCCACCCCUCCCUCUCCUCACAUCGUCUCUCCCUCUAAUAGCACCUCCCUCUCCACUUCACUCCUCUCACCCCUCUUCCAGUCUUCACUCGCAUCACUCUGUUUCUCACCAGUCUUCCCUUCGCCCGAGCUCUCCCUCUCUUUCUCACCCUGUCCAAUACCGCCCUGACUUUGAGUCGCCCCUCCCCGUUCCCAUCUUAUCUUCUUCUCUACCCUCCUCUGCUCUUCUCGCCACACCGCAGUCUCCCCCCACUGUGCCCCAUCCAGGCCGUAGGUCCCCCAAGGUGAAGCGACUGGUGCAGGAUGUACUUCAUGGUGGGGGAGACCCGUACCAGGCCCUGUAUAACUACCUUCCUCGUAACGAGGACGAAUUGGAGCUGCGGGAGGGGGACGUAGUUGAUGUGAUGGAGAAAUGUGACGAUGGCUGGUUUGUUGGGACUUCUCGAAGGAACAAGUUAUUUGGAACCUUCCCAGGAAACUACGUGAAGCCACUAUAAUGAUUCCAGUGCUGUGGCCCCGCCCCUUUCUUCAACACGUCACUGCACCUGCACAGCACCCGUAGGACACUGCACACUGAUCAGCCGAGACCUGAUGCACAUUUGUGUUUGUGUAGCUUAUCAGCUUCACACAGAGAGAACUUUUAGCUCUAACUAGCCAUCUUCAGUGGAAGACUUUUAUGGGUUUUGUUUUCGAAUCCUUAUUUUUGUAUCACGGAGAGCCGGAAUUUUGUGUUCUGCUCAGUGACCUUUAACUUUUGACAGUGAUGGAUGGGUAUUGAAUGGACUUGAACUCACUGACAGUGAACAAUGCACC